GAAGCGCCAUUUGUAACGACAGCGAGGAAUAACGCAGGCAACAUCACCUUCUCGGGCCUGGCCAUCGAUCUGCUGUCACUGGUGGCCGGCAAGGCGCAGUUCAAGUACAACAUCCGACUGACAGAUCACGUGUCUUACGUCUACCAGGACCACCAAGGGAAGAAGCACCUGGCUUGGUUUCUGAGCCUCUAUGGAAAAUUGAAUAGGUACUGGGGGCUACUUGCAGAUCUAGCAGUUGGACCCAUCCCGAUCAUCAAACAGAGCUCGCUGGAAAAUGUGGAGUUUACAAAGCCUUUCAUGACAAGUGGUAUCAGUUUACUUAUUAAGUACCCACCGCCAACAACAAGAGGCAUCAAUUUGAUGCUGGAGCCUUUUGCAGCGGAAGUUUGGGUCAUGAUCGCCAUUGCCUUUAUUGUCAUCAGCCUAGCUCUGUUCUUAAUUGGUAGAUUCAGUCCGUACGAAUGGGCCCGUAUGACAAAAGAUAAAGAUGCUCGUUCGGCGCAUAACAACUUUGGCAUCAAAAACAGCUUUUUAUUUGCAGCCAGCACCUUGAGUUGGCAAGGUUAUCGUGAUGCCCCAAGAUCCGUCUCUGGUCGCAUCUUGAUGUGCAUGUGGUUCAUGUUCACUGUGUUUGUGGUGGUGGGCUACACCGCCAGCCUCUGUGCCAUCCUGACAGUCCGACGAGAGACCACCCCACAGAAGGUGCCGUUCACUAGUGUCGAGGACAUUGUGGAGUCCAAGCACAUCAAACUGGGAGCUAUGAAGUACGGUCAUGUCUACACAACACUGAGAUCUGGCAAAUCUUCCCACAAUGCACUUUUCUCCAAGUUGUACGCCUACAUUGAUGACUCACAGGAAUGGAUUCAGAAGAGGAAUGAAGGUGUGCAGAGAGUGAAGGAUUCUGGCGGCAAGUAUGCACUAAUCAUGGAAACGGCAAAAGCCGAGUACAUCACCGCAACCAACUGUGAUCUGAUCACAUAUGGAGAAUCGUUGGCUUCACUGGGAUAUGGUCUGGCUGCUCCAAAAAAUUCCCCUGUGAUGGAUCGGAUAAAUCUGGCAAUCAUAGAUCUGCAUGAGAGUGGAUAUGAUAAAAGUAAACUGGUGCCUCAGAAGCCAGGACUGACCACCUUCAGAACUACGUCCAGUAUGGAUAUGAGAGACAUGGCCAUCCCAUUUCUCUUCUUGUUCCUGGGAGUCGUGGGAGCUGGAGGCGCCCUGGCUGCAGAGAUUUUCUACAAGAAAAGAAUGACUAUGAAGAAGGAUCCUGACAACAAAGCUAGACAGCCCUUGAACAUGGACAGUGGAAUCUCCAAAGCUCCGAUGACCAGCCCUCCUCCACCACCACCACCGAUUUACAAAGUCCUCAACAAACUUCAGGAUACAGACAAGCAAAAGAAAAGUGUCAUCCAGGUGAUAACCAAACCUGACAUGGUCGAAGACAAGGACGUAGAGAAGAGCAUCAACAGUCUUGAAAUGGCUUGCAUAGAUGAUAAAGUGGAUGCCGGCAUGGAGGAUGACAUAGAGUUGGAAAUGGCUAAAGGGGACAAAGCAUCUUCAGAACUGAUCAAUGAAAUUGUUUAA